AUCACUCAAGCAACAACACACACAAUUUUUUAGUGUCUACCACACAGCCGCCAUGAGCUUUCUCCUCAGACUGUCUGUCUGUUUUAGCGCAUUCCCUUCCUUUGUGUGGCCACAUGUGGCCUCCACCAAGAAGACCGGCUGCUUCAGAGUCAACAACUGCAAAUGCAUCAUGAAGGAUGGCAGUGGGGUGAUAAACCUGCAAGCUAUGGGCGAUGCAGACGGCUUCCUGGGGCGGAUGAAACCGCUCCAUGAUUACGAUGGGUCACUCAACGCCGAGUUCCUGCUGACCUUCAGCCCUUGCCAGCCUUUCUCACAGCCGGAGGACCUGACAGGAAGUGACUGCACCAGUGUUGCCGCGUGCCUCAUUGUCAGGUAUCAAAGGUACAACAGAUACAUUCACCGCUAUAUCAGCUUUGGGGGACAUGACGGUAAUGAAUUCCAUUACAACGACACUCUGAGGACACUUUCUGUCUCAUACUUUGGGCCCACUGAACUUCCACUUACAAUUGUGCAUUAUCACUGCAAUCCAAAUGUGUCUUCAUCCUUUAUUCGGGACCAGAGGCUGAAAGUAGAGGAACCUCUGGAAAUCUGGGUGGAGAGUCCCUGUGCUUGUCCAAACACCUGUGCCAUUGGAGAUCUGGGUCUUGGCUCAAUCUUCCUUAUCAUCCUGUCUCUCAGCGCCGCUGCUUAUCUCAUACUUGGCUCCUGUGCACUAAGACCUUUUCGGAGCAGCAAUGGAGUUCAAAUUGCUCCGGAACACAGUGUGUGGUGUAUGAUCUGCUACCUCUUCACUGAGAAAAGGCCAGCGAGAAGACAAUACACAGACCUGACACAUUCUGAAGUAACGCUGAAAGACUAGUUUAAGUUGUCAAUAAUGCAACAUGACUUAUGUGACAAUUGGUGUUUUGUGUUACGUCAUAAUCUACAAUUAAUGCUUGCUCAUUGAUAUUCAUGAAACAUGCACAAUAUACAUGGUAUGUAUCUAAUGCCUUGAAAGCACAAAGCAAAAACCAGUAAAGUUUUACCUAUGCACUGCCUUGUUAUCAAAUGAGAUCCAAUACUUGAUAUUGCCUUUACUAAGACAAGACAGUAGAAGCUCCAAAUUCAAUUCAACUCAACUUUAUUCAUAGAGCACUUGAAAUUCAACCACAGCCGCAUCUAAUGUGCUGCACAUCAAGUUAAAAAUCAGACAUAUAUAUAAACAAAGACAAGCCAUUCAGGUAUACCGGUUGACUUCCAAUUUGGUCCACUUUCAAAACAAUUGCUGCCAUACUGACCAAUAAAAAUUAUGAAUGAAUAGUGUUGACAACCUAAAAUCUUUCUUGUCACAAGCAAUGUUUUCAGUCGCAUUUUACCAUUCAAAUGCAGUCUUCAAACUUUGACUUUAGCAGCUCUUCAAAGUUACAUUGCGCACAUUGGAUUGAACCCUUUCAGGGACAGCGCUUACUGCAGUGGACGGCUUAUCACGUUAUCAGGUUACAGUUUAGCAUUAUUGCUGCAUGAAAGGGUUAAAAUAUGUACAAACCAUUUCUGUGAUGGUGUGUGACUUAAUCGGGGUGCACACAGAUGAAUGAUCGGGCCUAAUUAAAGCAUUUGGCCUCUCCAUCCUUCCAUCUACUAUCCCGCUUCUCUUCUUUAGGGUCACAGGCGAGCUGGAGUUAAUUCAAGCUGACUUUGAGCAAGACUUUGCACCCUGGACUGGCUGCUAGCCAAUCGCAGGCUAACAUUUGUCCUGUCCUCUAGUCAAUACAGUAUCAACAAAUACCCAAAUGUUCAGAUGUCUUUUAACGUUUCUCUUGAGUAAUUAUCCCAUGGUCUGGGGUAUAUUAAGAGUAAUUUUUGUUCAUGGUCAAUAAUCAUAAAUGUUAAACCUGUUCAGUAUUUCUGAUCGCAAAUCAUUAUGGGUGUGGUCGACAGUGAGUUCAGCUGAGUCGCAUUCUUUGUGAUCGUGAUGCAAAACAACGGCCAUUAGGACGCGGCCUCAAGACCACACUGUCGGGAAACACAAAUAUAGGAGCAACUGGUUGGUUGAGCGGUUGUAUAAUGUCAGGGGAGAUAAUUUUCCUUUGCAGCCACGUGAGAAACUAGAAAGGUUGUCAAGGGCCAAACCAAUGAAAACUCAAUUGUGUUCAAUUUCAAUGUGAUGCCUUCAAAUAACAAAGUACAUUUUUACUGUCUGAAUAAG